GUGCAGCUCUAGCGCCUUUGUGUGGAGGAGUGCGGCGCUGCUGUUUAAACACACACGCAGGGGAGCCAGGCAGCUAACCAUGGUGAAUGUAAAGAAACGGAAAGGUCGGGUCGUGAUUGACUCUGACUCGGAGGAUAGUGCUAGCGAUGAUAAUUUGGAUCAGGAGCUGCUGUCUCUUGCCAAGAGAAAGCGUGUGGAUUCUGAUGAACAGGAAGAGCCUGUUAGUAAACCUGCCGCCUCCACAGACUCUGAGACAUCAGACAGCGAUGAUGAGUGGACUGUCGGAGGCACUAAAACCAAAAAGAAAGGGAAGCCUAGCAAAGGGCCCGAAAAGAAGAACACAGUCAAGAAAAGAAAGGGCAAGGCGGCUUCAUCCGGCAGCUCAAAUGGAAACAGUUCAGCAGAGAGCUCGGCUCCAGAGGAGGGUGAGGUGUCGGACUCUGACAGUAACAGCUCAUCCUCCAGCUCUGAUUCUGACUCGUCAUCAGAGGAUGAGGUUUUCCGGGACGGUUAUGGAGACGAUCUAAUGGGGGAUGAGGAGGACAGGGCCCGAUUGGAGCAGAUGACGGAAAAAGAAAGAGAACAGGAGCUGUUUAACCGUAUAGAGAAGAGAGAAGUCCUCAAGAGGAGGUUUGAAAUCAAGCAAAAACUGAAAACGGCGAAGAAGAAGGAAAAGGAAGAAAAGAAGAAGAAACAGGAGGAGGAGCAAGAGAAGAGAAAACUGUCUCUGGUCCCUGACACUCAGGUGGUGAUGUCCCAUAACAAAGAGAGACGGAUCAAGAGAGAUGAGAAGCUGGACAAGAAGUCACAGGCCAUGGAAGAGCUGAAAGCAGAAAGAGAGAAGAGGAAAAACAGAACCGCUGAGCUCCUUGCCAAAAGGCAGCCACUGAAGACAAGUGAGGUCUACUCAGAUGAUGAAGAGGAGGAGGACGAUGAUGAUGACAAGUCUUCAGUAAAGAGUGACCGCAGCUCAAGGUCGUCAUCUUUUGAUGACGAGGAGGAGAAAGAAGAGGCUCCGCCCAAGUCCCAGCCAGUGUCAUUACCAGAUGAGCUGAAUCGGAUCCGGCUGUCCCGGCACAAGCUGGAGCGCUGGUGUCACAUGCCAUUCUUUGCUAAAACUGUCACUGGUUGUUUUGUUCGAAUUGGCAUUGGAAACAGCAGCAGCAAGCCUGUUUAUCGGGUGGCUGAAAUCAUUGAUGUGGUGGAGACGGCUAAAGUUUAUCAGUUGGGGUCCACACGGACAAAUAAAGGCCUUCAGCUCCGACAUGGAAAUGACACGCGAGUCUUCAGACUUGAGUUUGUGUCCAAUCAGGAGUUCGCUGAAAGCGAAUUCAUGAAAUGGAAAGAGGCGAUGAUAUCAGCAGGAAUGCAGUUUCCUACUCUGGAUGAGAUCGGCAAAAAAGAGCAGUCCAUCAAGGAGGCGGUCAACUACAAAUUCAAUGACAAAGACAUUGAGGAUUUUGGUGUGGCCUUGCUGAAUAAAAGUUAUAAUUUCUUUUUAAAACCUUUAACCUGUCCUCUUCAUAAUCGUUUUUUUCUUUCUUUCUUUUCCAGCUAUAUCAACCAGAGGAAUAGGAGUUGGAACAUUGUGGAGUCUGAGAAGGCAUUGGUGGCAGAGGGUCAGAACUCGAAGAACCAGCAGAUGGAUCCGUUCACCAGGCGACAGUGUAAACCAACUAUGGUGUCCAAUGCGAGAGAUCCCUCAGUCCAUGCCGCGAUUUUGGCUCAUCUCAACCAGAAGUACGGUUCCGGCUCAGGCCAAGACAACAGCCAGCAGGCUAAUAAACAGGGCCAGCCUAGCCAGAAAGACAAAGACGUUACCAAGCCAAACAGUGACCUCUCAGAGGACCUUUUUAAAGUUCAUGACUUUGAUGUCAAAAUUGACCUGCAGGUUCCUAAUGCUGAAGCAAAGUCUUUGGCGGUGAGUUCGAAUGCAUUACCUGUUAAAGAUGGGGCACCACGCCGAUCUCUCAACCUGGAGGACUACAAGAAGAGACGAGGACUCAUCUGACUUACGUUUUUUACCCUCUCCUGCAUGAUUGGACACCUGUGCCGGGGGUCUACAGCUGCGGCCACCCCUGUGUGUGUGAGUGUGUUUGGGAAAGUGUGUGUGUGUGUUUGGGAAAGUGUAUGUGUGUGUGUGUGAGAGAGAGAGAGUGUAUGAUAAAGAGAAGGAAUAAGUGCAUACCUUUAAGACUGAGCGUGUCUGAGACUGUGUGAGUGUGUGUUUCACCUGUUUGUAAGAGGAAAUAUUGAUGAAUAAUGAUAACUUUCAGGUCUUUUCCUGCAAAGGGUCACUUUUUGAGAGAUGAAAAGUCCUCUGCUUUAUUUACGGCGUAUGCAGACGUGAGAACAGAAAUGCAUUACCUCUGAUUCUCCUUUUCGUACCAGUGUAUUCAGUAUAUUUUGUCCCUCUCAGAAACGACCCUUUUAUAUCCAAGCUUGUGAAUGACUAUCUCAAAAGGACACUAUUAAAAAAGACAACACAAAUCUUGGGUUUUUUGGAAAGUUGUAAUUAGUUGUCAAUAAUGUUGAUUGGGUCUGCCUCACUCCCUCGUUCCUCCUGAAAACGCUCUGAAGUUUUUAAACAAGCAUUUUCUUUUCUUCCCCCCCCAACCCAUAUGUAAUGGGUUGCUAGGACAGUCCUGCUUAACUCUGCUUGCUGGUCUAGAGGCCGAGGAGCCUGACAAUGACUUCACACUCCCUAAAUAUAAACGUUUGUUUCAUGUAAGACGAUCAAAUAAACGUGUCUGCCAUGGACAAGAAAACUUUGAGAAUUGAUGUAUCUUUUUGUUUUUACUGCUCUUUCUUUCCCUUCCAUAUCCCUCAGAGCUGAUGUAAGUGUUAAUGAUCAUUAA